UGUGUGUGUGUGUGUGUGUGUGUGUGUGUGAAGACUGAAGUCUGACCGUCCUCAUCCUCUUCAUUCGCACACACUCAGCAUCACACAGACAUGUUUGCUGUCAGGAUUUAUCUGUUUCUGCUGCUGCUGGCUCCUGCAGUAACCUUCAUGGUCUUCAACAGCAGACGCAGCCUGUGUCUGCAGGACUCAGCAGCCUCAGGUGAGGUGAUGCUCAGCAAUUGUGACCUGGACUCAGAGGCUCAGCAGUGGACCUGGAUUGAUCAGAGCAUGCUCGUGAACAUUGCAUCAUCUAGAUGUCUGCGGGCCCUGCAGGGGGGACCUUUGCGGACCCAGUCCUGCAGGGGGUCUGAGGUGGACCCUGCAGCGUUUCUGUGGGACUGUGACCGGGACAGGCUAAUCAGCAGGAACUCGUCCAUGUUGCUGUCCAUUGACGGAGGGCAUCCUGUCCUCUCACACAACAACAAACAGGCCAAGUGGAAGUCUGUUGACGGAGGGGACAUCUGCCUGGAGAGACUCAGAUCGAGGAGAGCUUCUCAUGAACCUGAUGAGUUUGAGGAGUCAGGUGUGCAAACAGGUGAGCGAGUGGCCUUGACAGAGGAGCAGAAACAGUACCUCCGCUGGUUCUACCGCACAGAGGACCCAACCACCUGGAAGUUUGUGCUUUUAGGUCUCGCCUUUUUCUGCCUGCUGAUUGGCUUUUUGCUGUUGGGGAUGGGAGCCAUGGCAAACAAGAACAGGAAGAAGAUUGCUAAGUACAAAGCAGCAGCAGCUCAGGCUCAGAUGAGUGAGGGCGAGCAGCUCCGGUUAAUUUCAGUGCUUAGAGAAGACAGCAUCACUAAACCCUCACCGUCGCCUGGCAGGCUGCAGCAAGGAAACAAACCCCCACCAUCUAACGGGGAGCCAACUGAGCUCAGAGCAGGAGACAUCGUGGUCACAUGGAAGGACGGCAACACCUCCUGCCUGUACAACGAUCCUGCACCAGAGGAGGAGCAACAGGAGGAGCAUCAAGUGGAGCAACAGGAGGAGCAACAUGAGGAGCAACUGGAGGAGCAACAUGAGGAGCAACAGGAGGAGCAACAGGAGAAGCAACAGGUGGAGGUGGCAGCUGAUGAGUCAAUGAAAGCAGAGGAGUAAAGAGUUCAGAUUACUGAUGUGUUUGCAUACUCCUCACCUGACUUUUAGCUACUUCACCAACCACUUCUCCAGAUCAUUCAGUUUAACUCACCUUGGUUAAUGUCAGGUGAGGAACACUCACUCCUCAAACCCAUCAGUGUCCUGCCCAGGUGUUCAUGUCCUCACCUGGACUCUCCCACAGUUGGUUAACCUCCUCCUACAUGAAGUCUCUCUGGAUGAGCUUAUCUCUCUGCUCAGAUUUUACAUCAUGAUUGGUUCACAACAUGAAAGUUAGAUCUAAUAAUCUUUAUCAAUCAGAUAUGUGUGAGGUAUAAAUGAAGGCAGAGCCUGUAAGCAGUUAGCCUAGCGUAGCAUAGGGACAGUAACAGAUUGUAAAUGGGAAACAACAGAGAUCAAUUGACUUCACAAAUGUGUUAAUGAGAAAGAUUCUACUUUAGAUAACCUUUGUACACAACUAAGCAAGCUUUCCCCUCUGUUUACCAUCUUUAUGCUAAGCUAACCACAUGCUUACUGUGUCUUCAUAUUGUAAACACAGACAUAAGGGUGCCUUGAUAUCAGUAUCUGUCAGGAAGUAUCAUGUUCAUGCAUCACAGACCUGUUCCUUUACGUACUGUAGUUAGCAACAUUAGAAAAAUGUUAUUCUUAAUGAUGACCUUUGACCUCACUUGGCUGUAGAGCUCAUGUGUUUCCUGUUGCAGCUUGUUUGUUUAGUUUGAACACAGAAAGUGAAAAUAUAAAUUCAGAGAAUAUGAUUUAGAUUAGCUGAUAUUUAUACGUUUCUGUGUUUAAUGACUGUAAACGACCAACAUUUACUCUAUUUGACACAAACAGCUGCUGCACUGAGAGGUCAAUAAAGGAGACUAUGAAAAAUA